UUUUCAGGAGGAACUGAGUCUGGGGAAUGAUCCCCAGCCUCACCUCAGGGUUGCAGUUCCACGAUUCUCCACUUUCUUCUCUCUAAGAUCUUACCUCUCACUGGAAGGCAGCUGCGGGCCUCUGAGGGCUGUUAAACUCUGUGAAAUUUGUCAUGUGGGUGUCAGGUAUUUCUUUCAGGCUUCCAAAAAAAACAUAGAUAAAGAAAUCUUUCCCGGAGCAUUUUCAAGCUGCUUUCAGAAGCUCCGCAGAGGCAAAAGAUUUGCUGGAGGGCAGCAGCAAAACAGCAGAGGGAAAGAGGGAAAGAUGUCCCAGGGCCAGAAGCCCUAGUGGUGACCCUGUGGGUGUUAUUCCUGAAGCAAAACAAUUUCUUGUCCACUGAGAGUGUAAGCCAAUGGGGAUCAUGCUGCUCCUGCUCACGCUCCUGCUGCCUGUAGUUUUUAACUUUAGUUUUCUUAGUGUCUCAGCCCAGCAGUCCUGGAACUGUCCUGCAGGUUCCAUCCCGAGGAAUGGGACUUCCUCCUGUGUGGGCCCUGCACCUUUCCUAAUUUUCACCCAUGGAAGCAGCAUCUUUAGAAUUGACCCAGAAGGAACCAAUCAUAAGCAGUUGGUGGUGGAUGCUGGUGUCCCAGUGAUCAUGGAUUUUCAUUACAAGGAUGAAAGUAUCUACUGGGUAGAUUUAGGAAAAAACCUUCUGCAACGAGCUUUUCUGAAUGGAUCAAGACAAGAGAAAGUGUACAAUAUAGGGAAAAAUGUUUCUGGAAUGGCAAUAAAUUGGAUAAAUGAAGAAAUUAUUUGGUCAAAUCAACAGGAAGGAACCAUUACAGUAACAGAUAUGAGAGGAAAAAAUUCCCACGUUCUUUUAAACACCUUAAAACAUCCUGCAAAUAUAGCAGUUGAUCCAGUUGAAAGGUUUAUAUUUUGGUCCUCAGACAUGCCCAACAGCCUUCACAGAGCAGAUCUCAGUGGUGUAGAAGCGAAGACUCUGUUGGUGACAUCAGACAAAAUCAAAGCGAUGUCCCUGGAUGUGCUCAAUAGACGUCUCUUUUGGACUGAGGAGACUAGAGAAGGAAGCAGUUGUCACAUUUCCUCCUGUGAUUAUGAUGGAGCUUCCGUCCAGCUUAUCAAACAUCCAAUACAGUGCAGUGUCUUUGCAAUGUCCCUUUUUGGUGACCGUAUCUUCUAUUCAACAUGGAAAAGGACAGGAAUUUGGAUAGCCAACAGACACACUGGGAAGGAUAUGGUCAGAAUUAACCUCAACCCAUCACUCUUGCCCCCUGGUGAACUUAAAGUGGUGCAUCCACUUGUACAGCCUAAGGCAGCGGACAAUGUUCAGGACUCUGAGCGAGGACUUUGCAAGCUGAACGGGAAACUCUGUGACAGCCGCGAGUGCAGACGAGACCCCGAGUCCCAGUCGUGCGCAUGCGCAGAGGGCUACGCGCAGAGCCUAGACCGGAAGUCGUGCGAAGAUGUCAACGAAUGUGCCUUACAGAACCAUGGCUGUACUCUUGGGUGCAAAAACACCCCUGGGUCAUAUUAUUGCACAUGCCCUGCAGGAUUCGUUCUGCUACCUGAUGGGAAACGGUGUCAUGAAUUAGUUUCCUGCCCAAGAAGCGCAUCUGAUUGCAGCCAUGACUGUGUUCUGACAUCAGAUGGUCCCCAGUGUUUCUGUCCUGAAGGCUCUGUGCUCAAGCCAGAUGGAAAAACAUGUAGGGGCUGCUCGUCACCUGAUAAUGGCGGCUGUAGCCAGCGCUGUGUCCCACUCAGCCCAGUGUCCUGGGAGUGUGGCUGCUUUCCUGGGUAUGACCUACAACUGGACCGGAAAAGCUGUGCAGCUUCAGGUCCACAACCGUUUUUGCUCUUUGCUAAUUCUCAAGAUAUUCGACACAUGCACUUUGAUGGGACAGAUUAUGGAAUCCUGCUCAGUCAGCAGAUGGGAAUGGUUUUUGCACUAGAUUACGACCCAGUGGAAAAUAAGAUAUAUUUUGCCCAUACAGCCCUGAAGUGGAUAGAGAGAGCUAAUAUGGAUGGGUCCCAGCGAGAAAGGCUUAUUGAGGAAGGAAUAGAUGUACCAGAAGGUCUUGCUGUGGACUGGAUUGGCCGUAGAGUCUACUGGACAGACAGAGGGAAGUCUGUCAUUGAAGGGAGUGACUUAAAUGGAAAACAUCGGCAAAUAGUCAUUAAGGAAAAUAUCUCGCAGCCACGAGGAGUCGCUGUCCAUCCAAUGGCCAAGAGAUUGUUCUGGACUGAUAUGGGGGUGAAUCCACGGAUUGAAAGCGCUUCCCUGCAAGGCUCUGGCCGGCUGCUUAUAGCCAGCUCAGAUCUGGUGGAGCCCAGCGGACUGACUAUUGACUACCUGAUGGACACCUUGUAUUGGUGCGAUGCUGCACGGUCUGUGAUUGAGAUGGCCAAUCUGGAUGGUUCCAGACGCCAGAGACUUGCCCAGAAUGAUGUAGGCCACCCAUUCGCCUUGGCUGUGUUCGAGGACCACCUCUGGCUGUCGGACUGGGCUGACCCAUCGGUAAUGAGGGUGGACAAGAGGACUGGCCAAAACAGGGUACGUCUGCGAGGCAGCGUGCUGAAACCCUCCUCACUGGUUGUGGUUCACCCAUUGGCAAAACCAGGUGCAGAUCCCUGCUUACAUCAGAACGGAGGCUGUGAACACAUUUGUCAGGAGAGGUUUGGAACUGCUCGGUGCUCGUGUCAUGAAGGUUUCAGGAGCGCCGCAGAUGGGAAGACGUGCCUUGCUCUGCAGAGUCAACAGCUGUCAGCUGGUGGUGAAGCUGAUCAAAAUAAGAAGAGGAUAAUGCUGGACAACGUCUCUGGGGCCAAGGCAUCAGAGGACAAAACUGCAGAAUCUCAGCACAUGUUGGUGGCCGAAAUCAUGGUGUCAGAUCAGGAUGAGUGCGGCCCGGCAGCCUGCGACACGCACGCGCGCUGUGUUUCCGAGGGAGAUGGCGCCUCGUGCCAGUGUUUGGAAGGGUUCGCUGGGGACGGAAAACUCUGUCUAGAUAUAGAUGAAUGUGCAGGGGACAGCACCGCCUGCCCCACCUCCUCCGAGUGCAUCAACACAGAGGGCAGCUACGUGUGCAGGUGCUCGGCUGGGUACCGCGGAGAUGGGCUUCACUGUCUCGAUGUUGAUGAGUGCCAGCUGGAGGCACACAGCUGUGGGGCGGGUGCCAGCUGUGUAAACACGGAGGGCGGCUAUACCUGCUCAUGUGCCGGCAGCCCAUUUGCACCUGGGCUGCCCUGUCUAGACUCUGACUCACCCUCUCCCUUUGUGGAAGAUGGCAGCAGUCUUGUCAGAAACGUUCGCCCAGGAUGUCCCCCUUCACACGAUGGGUACUGCCUCCAUGGCGGAGUGUGCAUGUAUGUCGAAGCAUUAGACACCUAUGCCUGCAACUGCGUCGUUGGCUACGUUGGGGAGCGAUGCGAGCACCGAGAUCUGAAAUGGUGGGAGCUGCGCCACGCUGGACACGGGCAGCAGCGGGACGUCACAGUGGCGGCCGUCUGUGUGGUGGCACUUGUCCUCCUGCUCGUGCUGGGGCUGUGGGGGGCACACUACUACAGGAUGAAGAAGCUGACACUGAAAACCCCAGAAAAUCCUUGUAAAGAGUCAAGUGGAGAUGUGAGCGGUGGGAGUCCUGCUGAAAGUGAAAAUGGGAUGUCUUCCUGCCCCCGACCUUGGUUUGUAGUCUUAAAGGAAGAUCAGAACUUCAGGAAUCUGAGUCAUCCUGUGUCUGGCCAGAAUGGCCAGAUGGCAGAUGGGGGCCAGGUUUCUUCUCUGGAGCCUGGAUCAGGGCAAGCAACUUUGCAGAGACAGGAGCUCCGUAUGUGUGGAAUGGGCACAGAACAAGGCUGCUGGUUCCUGCUGCCCAGUGAUAAGGAACCUGGUCACCAGGCUAUGGAGAGAAGCUUUCACCUCCCCUCCUACGUGGCAAAUUCCCAUGCUGUGGGGAUGCAAAAGCCCCAACCUCUCCAGUCAACUGACCCAUGAUGCCCAAAAAGAGGCCCAUCUCCACCUCACCAGAUAGAAAUGACUCCCUGACAACCAGCUAGAAGGAAGGUCAAGAAAAAGCUGCCACCAGAUGGCAUCUUUGCUUUCAAAACUAGAAGAAUUCUACAGAUUUUGGUUCCACGGCCUCUGUGGCUGGUCACCUGCUCAACGGCCGGGAGACAGAGGCAUAGCUGCGCUCCAUUUCUUUCUUCAAGUGCUCCCACCACAGAUUCUCAAAUAAGGAUAAUCAGGAAAGUCACUAGGUCGUGCAGCAGCAGCAGCAGCUCCGGGAUGGCUGUGCUUCACCUUCUGCUUGUCUCCAGCAGUCAGUACUCAUAGAUUUUUGGGUUUUCACUGACGCCUCAGAGGCUACAUGGGGUUAAAGCAGGCCAUCACCCUGGUGUAGCGGAUGAUAAAGUAAAAAUAAUUUCCUUUAUCUGGAUCAAGGGAACUCUUCGCUCAGUCUUGAAAGUUGGUUGGAAUAGUGCAGUUACUGUUAAGGCACCUCCUAGCCAUUUGAUUUACCAUUGGUGUGAUCCUUGCUCAUACUUUUACAGACAGAAUUGCGAUUAAUUGAUGAAUGGUAUAAUAACUUACAGUCUGAUCUCUUUAAAAUUAGAUUACUUACUUUUGUAUUUUAAAAUCCUUGAAUGAAAACCUUUAAUUUUAAAAGUUUUUCUCUGAACUUCCAAUGUUUCUUAAUCAUGAUUGUCCCUCCACCUCCGCAUUCUCAGUGAGCGUGGGCUGUUCUUGUGUCGGCACACAGGUUGUACUGAUGUUUAAACAUGAGCGCAUAAUUCAAUUUCCUAAUUUAUAGUCCUAAUGGAUAACUGUGUCGCCUAAUUAUUUAAAUAAAAUCAGCAUAAAACAUUGGCA